AUGUCGUUUAUAACACUUGCCCCUCCUUUACCAUCACCGACCAGAGAUGUCGAGCAACAAAUCUAUGUGCUUCAUCAAACCCGGCUAACAACCCACGGCUACGUGAUAAUCCCCUCCUUCCUACCCCCCUCCACCCUCUCCGCCCUCCGCACCGCCUCAUCCACUCUCAUCUCCCUCUCCUCUGCCGGCCAAUGGCCCCACGUCCGCACCACAGGCAAACAAUUCCCCCCCUGGGACCCCUCCCUAGUCCCGCACUCGGCUGGCAUCUGGGGCGUCCAACACCUCCUCCACCCUUCCCUCCCCCUCCCCCCCUCCCAACGCGAGGCUUUUGUCAAGCUCUACUUCUCCCCCGCGCUGCUCUCCCUCUCCCGGGAAAUCCUCUCCCUCCCUCCGCCUGACGGCCUGGUGAUGGAACUGUUCAACCUGCUGUGUGGGCCCAGCGACGGGAAAGGGUUCGAGCUCUCCUGGCAUAGGGACGACAUUCCCGCCUCGGCGACGGAGGAGGAGGAACGGGAGAGGGUGUGGAAACCGGGGGAGGUGUACUCUCACACGCAGUGGAAUUUGCCGUUGUAUGACGACAACAGUUUGGUUUUGAUGCCGGGGUCGCAUUCGCGGCCGCGGACGGCAGCGGAGCGAGAGGCUGAUCCUCAUGGGGGUGAUUUGGAGGGGCAAGUGGUGGUGGAGCUGAAGGCGGGGGAUUUGGUGUUUUACGAUAACAACAUCCUCCAUCGGGGAGUGUAUUCGGGGGGUAAGCAACGGGUGACGCUUCACGGGUCGGUUGGGAGGGCGGAUGGGGGGAGGGGAUGA